AUGUAUGUUAAUGUGUCAUCUUCUGACUACUACUACUACUACUACAACAAAAAGCUGAUGCGGAUGAACCAAGUGGCCGCCGCGGACCGAAGCGCAGCAGUAACGGCGCGGAAUGGACCUGCUGAAGAUGCCGAAGCCUUUGCGUCUAUCGCGGGCAACCUAUCGGAAAAUUGGCAGCGCUUCAAGAAAAGGUUCGAGCUGUAUCUGCAAGCAACGGCAGUUGACAAGGCCCCGAAAAGUGAUGCUUCAAAAACUGCACUCUUGCUGAGCUUCGCAGGAGACGAAGCGCUCGACAUCUUCAACAAUUUCCAGUACGGACCCGGUGAAAGCAAGGACAGCUACGGAACUGUGGUGCAGGAGUUCAACGCUUACUUCUCCGAGUAUAUUCCUGGGAAGCACCUUGUGCUUGCUGACAUGCUGUCCCGGUCGACUGCUGACAACCAAGACAAGGCUGGUGCCACGGACGACGUCGAAGUUCACGCAGUCCAGCUACUAGGCAACAGAGUCACGGCAGCAACGCAGAAAGAACUGCAGGCGGCAACUGCUCGUGACUGCUACCUGCAGUCUGUAAUCACUAGUCUGUCGCUGGGGCUACCGGUGCAAGGUGACCUCAAGCCUUUUGAGCAAGAACUCUCCUUUGUCAACGGAAUACUUUUAAAGGCAUCGAAAGUGGUUGUUCCUAAAAGCAUGCGUCAAACAAUGCUGCAGAGAAUUCAUGCAGGCCAUCCGGCAUGCAAAAAAAUGCAAGGAAAGAGCCAGACGUCUAGUAUUUUGGCCAGGGCUCAACACUGCGAUCACUUCUAUGGUGCAAAUGUGUCCUACAUGCCGCAAGUACGCUUACAAACUGCCGUAGGAACCGCUUCAAAUGCGACCCGUGCCAAGUUGUGCAUGGUAUAGAGUUGGGGCUGACAAUUUUUUCGCUUGCCGGAGACUCGUACAUAGUUGUUGUUGAUGCCUUAUCAAACUUUCCAGAAGUGCAGAAACUGCCAGACACAUCGGCGCGAUCAACCAUUGCAGCCCUCAGUGCUAUAUUGGCAAGAUUUGGCGUGCCAGUUAAAGUAUGUACUGAUAAUGGUCCGCAAUUUUCUAGCUAUGAAUUUGCUGUAUAUUCAAGGAAAUUUGACUUCGCACACGUCACAUCCAGCCCUCAUUAUCCGCAGUCUAACGGGCUUGCGGUAAAAGGUGUGCAGAUUGUGAAGCGCAUCUUGAAGAAAACUGCAGAAUCGGGGGACGAUUUCUGGUUGGGCCUGCUGGCUUUCCGCAUUACCCCACUGGGAGGACGGGCGAUCCCCUGGUGAACUCCUGCAAUGAAGGCGCCUUCGCGCCAACCUCCCGGACUUCAGUGCUGUCACCGCGACCGACGUCAAGAAGCAGUCAAAACAAGCUGGAAGGCCUUUGCCUCCUCUCCAAAAGGGUACCACCGUGAGGCUCAGAUACUGCAUGGUCUCGAAAAGCUCAAGUGAUGUGUAUGCCCUACCCAAGAUCCUACCUGGUAAAAACUGAGGACCAGGAGCUCCUCAGGCGCAACCGUCGUCACCUACUGCAAACCGGCGAACGGCUCUUAGAGGCAAGUGAUGACUACCUCGAUACCACCCCAGCGAACAACGACGCUAGUCGCCAUUCAAUAGCGACUGCCCCAACCUCGCAAACAGUAACGCGUCAACCACGGACAACGGGCAACCCUUCGACCCCGGUUGUACCACCGCCACCUUUGAGAAGGUCGACCCGAACCGUGAAGCCACCGCAACGUCAUUAUGACGAACAUUUUGAUCGUGUCUGCAUGGUCUUUACUUGUGGCGAGAUGAACUUUCAACAACUUUUUAGGAAGGUGCAUAAUUUGUUACCGAAAAGGGAUGUAUCCGAUAAGGCAACUGUACCAUACGGCACACGGU